CCUCAAACCAACACAACCCACCCCUCCAUUCUUUCUCUCUCUCUAUCUCUCUUCUGCAAUGGCUGCCAUUGUUCUGCUCCACAUUGCAUCAUUGGCCUCUCUUUUUGCUGCAAUAAGUGCUCGAAUCCCUGGAGUUUACAACGGUGGCCCCUGGCAGAGUGCUCACGCCACUUUCUAUGGUGGCAGUGAUGCCUCUGGAACAAUGGGUGGUGCAUGUGGGUACGGGAACUUAUACAGCCAAGGAUACGGGGUGAACACUGCAGCACUAAGCACAGCACUAUUCAACAACGGUUUGAGCUGUGGUGCAUGCUUUGAGUUAAAGUGUGACCAAGAUCCACGUUGGUGCAACCCUGGGAACCCUUCGAUCUUGAUCACUGCCACAAAUUUUUGUCCACCAAACUUUGCUCUUCCAAGUGACAAUGGUGGGUGGUGCAACCCUCCUCGACCACACUUUGACCUCGCCAUGCCAAUGUUCCUCAAGAUCGCUCAGUACCGAGCUGGAAUUGUCCCCGUCGCUUACCGCCGGGUGCCAUGCAGAAAGACAGGAGGCAUCAGAUUCACAAUCAACGGUUUUCGUUACUUCAACCUGGUGCUGAUCACCAACGUCGCGGGUGCAGGAGAUAUCGUGCGCGUGAGUGUGAAAGGAAGCAAAACUGCGUGGAUGAGCAUGAGCCGCAACUGGGGGCAAAAUUGGCAAUCCAACGCCGUUUUGGUGGGCCAGGCUCUCUCCUUUAGGGUCACCGGCAGUGACCGACGCACCUCAACCUCAUGGAACGUGGCACCACCUAAUUGGCAGUUCGGACAAACCUUCGUGGGAAAGAAUUUCCGUGUCUAAACCAAAAGGGAAAAAUUUGAUACUCUUCUUAUUUUGAGUUGUUUGCUUUAGUUUCCCUCCUUCCAAUUUUUUUUCUAUUUUCCUGAGAAAGUUUGGAAGUGGGUAGUGGUAGGGUUAAAAGAAGGGUAGUUUUAGGAAAAGUAUAAGUUAAAAGUUUAUUUAUAUAAUUAAUAUAAAUGCAAGUGGGGGUAUUUGCAUUAAAUGUUAAAAAGUGUUUAAUGUAAUGGGCAAUGUUGGUAUAUUAAUUACCCAGCAUUAGCAACCCUUUUUUCUUUUUGCUGUUUUUAAUUCAAAGUGUGAAGGGGCUGAAGAGGUUGCAAGGACGAACAUGUAGCCCGCAGCUCUGGCUUUAUAAUCGCCAUAAAUGUACUGUCAUAUAAAAUAUCAAUAAAAACAUAUAUUAGUUG